GCUUAUUUUCAUAAUUAUUUUCGUACAAAAUUUAUUAGUCAUGGGAUUGUAUAUUCUGGUCGACUCAUAGACGUUGAAUAGAGGUUGAAUUCUUCUUUAAUAAUACUUUAAAAGCCAAAUUCUUCAUUCUUCUAUAAAGCAGUACAGCACACUGACAUGGAACGAGAAACACAAGCCUCUCGGCCUUUCGUCUUCAUUCUAAGUGUUGGCGCCAUUCAAGUCUUGGGGAUUGCUGCAAUCGCAAUGACAGCCGUGUGGAUGGCAAAGUACCUUGGUGGGUUUGCAUGGGACGGUUCAAGCCAGGAGUUUAACUAUCAUCCUUUACUAAUGGUUACAAGUAUGGUCUUCCUAUUCAGCGAAGGUACGAUCGAACUACUAUUUUGGUAAUGUACAAUGGCGCUCAUUAUGCAACACCUGUUUUCAAACAACAAAAUUUAACUUAGAACUAAAAAUAAUAAGGGCAUUCGAUUGAUUUCUUAGUAUUUUGUUUGACUCUUGAUCCCAAAAUGCUCUGUCAUUGUAAAGUGCGAUUCACAAAGCAAGGGAAAAUGACUGAAACAAAUUAUAGUCUUUGACCAAAUUUCAAAAUCAAAUUCGAAAUAUCCGAUUUUUUUGUAACGACUGGGAGAUACGGAAGGACCCAGAAUAUUUGAUGAGUUUGUCGCCCUGGCUUGUCAAAAUCGCCAAUCAGUCGACAUCCUGAUAGAGCGCUAUUUCUGCCCUCAGACGUUUGUGCUUACAUGUUUAGGAAACCUUUACAUAUCUUAGGUAACUUCUCAGCUACUUGUAGUUUCCAUUUUUCAUCUGCUCUUCCCACAGGGAUCCCAGAAUCGCAACAGCCUACUCGAAGCCAAAUUAUAAGGAUUUGUAUGUGACUUUAUCGUAAGAUCGAUAAAAUGGCUACAGUGCGACCUGAAAAAUUCAAAAUACCCUCGGCAGGGAUAGACAGGGGGAAAAUCAAUUGAUACAAAACCAGAUUCGCAGGGUUGCCUAGGGAACACUUUUGUUCAUUUUACAAAGAAGUGGCAGGAAAAUUACAGGUCCCUAUCGAAGGGAUUUUGAACAUAUGGCGUGGCUACUAAGCCAAGAGCAACGCCACCGGUAGUUCACUGCGAAGAAGAGAAGUUCAAAUUUUUUUCCAAUUUUUUAGCCACAUUUCUUGUCCUCUUGAGGCCAUGGCUUGAUGUUUGGAACUAAAUUGACAUUUUCAAGGAAAAAAAAUCUUCAGUCUAUGCUCACGCAUACUGAGUUCGAAAUUAACCACUUGGAAAGUGAUUUUAAUCAUCUAACCCCCAGGGUUUGCAAAUUUUAUUGAUGAGCGGAGUCAGUGUGACUUCUGCUUCACAAAUUUUGGAGUCAUUUUGGAAUAUUUGGAGUCAAGUAUCACAACGAAAAAAGCCAUUUUCAGACUUUCUUGCACGUGGUCCUGGCAUGUAUACACUAUUGUGAGGGAUACACUGAGUAGCUGUGGCGGUCCGCUGACCUGGAAAGCUCAAAUCCAUGAUGGCAGUCAUCGAGUAAACUUUGAUCUUAAUUUACCCUCUUCCUAUUUUGUCGUGCAGCAUAAUUCGUUAAUUUCGAUGAUUUAAUUAAGGUUUACAACGUUUGCAAUUAACGUAAAUUGUAUUUGUUGCGAAAAAGGUAGGGACAAAACUGUGUUUGUUACCGAAAAUUUCUGGAGUUCAAGCGGCUCCCUGUUUGUUACCGAAAAUUUCUGGAGUCAAAGUGACUCCCUCCAUAACCUCAGUGGAGUCAUCUAACAAUUUUGGCGUAUUUGUAAACCCUGAACCCCCCUCCCCUCUGGAAUUUCCUGAGCCUCUGACCCCCCCCCGGAAUUUCCAAUUCCCUCCGUGGUGGGGGUAUGGAUAUUUUCUGGAACCACACAAAAUCGGUUUUUGAGGUCGGAGUCUCAAAAUGGCCUAAUUUUUAACCUGAAAGUCACUAACAUCAACUUCCCUUGCGUUCUCAAGCAAAGUUGCGUGGAGAAAUUUGGACAAUUCCCAUCAGCAGAACAACUCUUUUUCUUUCACUAGAAGAUACUUUCAGGGAAAUAGUAAGACUCGUCAAACUGAAAUAAUUCAAAAACAAGGAAUGGGUUUUCACGAUAACAAAAACUUAAGGAUGUCUCUUAUUUUGACCGCAAUAUUAAUUUUAACAUGUGGUAUAACUCCAAAUUCUCUUCAUCCUGUUUAAAUCACACAUUAGACAUUGGGAAUUGGCUUGGCUUCUUGAAGGUAUAGCCUCUAUAUGAAAGCGUUGAAGUCUGACAAAUGGUAGUGAAGUGGGACCAAAAUAGCUUAUUAUUUUAAUGGCUCCAAGUUUCCUUGUUUUGUAAUGUAACAAAGCAAAAUAUCUUCUUGUUUCCUUAUUCAUAGUGAAUUACCAUUGUCAAGUCCUUUUAUCUCUGUGAAAAGUAAAUACCAGAACUCUAGCGCGAUGGAGUUUUUCUUCCUCAAAACAUGUCCAUGAAAAUGUAUAAACCGAUACUUGAGUUACUACUGACGGUGACUUUGUGACUGACAUAUUGAAUGCACCGACUCUCUUCAAAAUAAUGUACGUUACGUCAAUGGCACUCAUGAAACAGAUCGUAACACAGAGUUGCCAGCUAGUGGAGUUUGGUGUUUCAAAAUGGCUAAAAUUGUUAAUUGACCCAAAUUGACUUCUGUUCCUCACUCCUUGAUUAGAAAAACAACUAUGCAAUGGGAAAACAUACAAGAAGUAAGAAGAAGUAGCACUUAGGGUUCAAAUAUCUACUUUUGUGCAUUUCAAAAUUGGAAGUGUUUACACAAUCACCAUUGGCCUACCAUAAAAUUUCCCGAAUUUCGAUGCUGUCUUACAGAGAUUUCCUUCAGGAAGCCAAGCCAAUUCCCAAUUGUGUUUUAGAUGAAUGUCUAAAUAUGUGAUUUAACUAGGAGGAAGACAAUUUGGAGUUAUUCCACAUGUUAAAUUUUGCCGUCGAAAAUAACUAAUAAACUUAAGUUUUUGUUAUCAUGAAAACCUAGUCCUCAUUUUAAGAAUUAUUUCAGGUAUACCACAUGUUAAAUUUUGCCGUCAAAAAUGACUAAUAAACUUAAGUUUUUGUUAUCGUGAAAACCUAGUCCUCAUUUUAAGAAUUAUUUCGGUUUGACGAGUUUUGCUAUUUCCCUAAAUGUAUCUUCUAGUGAAAGAUAUAGAGUUGUUAUGUUGAUGGGAAUCCAAAUUUCUCAGUGCGGCUUUGUUUGCGAAUGCAACGAAAGUUGAUGUUAGCGAAUUUCAGGUUAAAAAUUAGACCAUUCUGAGACUCUGAAGCCUAAAACCAGUAUUCUAAUUUUUCUUGCAAAUAAAAGGCCUUUGGUGGGAACAAUUUACGUCACGUUUCUUACCUACCUACAACUAUUUAUGGACAAAAAACGAAAGAAAUCUUCCAACUCUUGCCACGAAAUCAAGAUUAAUUUGCUUGAUUUUUCCUGACCAUCGCUCUUAUAAAUCUUUAGUGUUGCAUGACCUUGUUGGUCACUUUUUCAAACAAGUUGUUGUUUUCAUUCUUAUAGAAAUAAAGCCUUGAGCAUCUUUUAAACAAUUGAGGCCUAGUAACCGCGCUAACUAGCAGGCGGCAAAGAAUGGUAGAACACCAUAGCACUAACACAGAGGCUAUGGGUUCGAAUCCCGUUGAAGUCCCGAAAUAAAUUUUCUGGUUUAUUUGUAAUUGCUUAAAUUGCAAUAUUACCACUUCGACGAUCAUAUCUUCAUUUAAAAUUUGUAUUUCCGCAGUUCACAUCAUCUUCUCAAACAGCUUUCUUAAUGCUUUAGAACAUGCCAGAAACAAACCUCUGCAAGCAGGGUAAUGCUAAGAUUAUAGUAUUCAAAAUUUGACUUGUUUGGGUUAAAAGUGACACAGCCCCCUUGACUUCUCUCUUCCCUUCUUCUUUCGAAUUCUUUUAAAUUCAAGGAGGGAAAAGAAAUUGACUGAAUAUUACUCAUUUGGUUACAGUUUGAAAGAUGUCUCCCCUUGUACAGGUUAGGUGUCAGUUUUGUCUGUAACCCUUAAAACUGUUGAAUUGGGAUCUACUUCGAUGGUUAGGGGCUAUCUCAAUAAUUAUUGAGCUAGCCCCUAACCAUUGAAGUAGAUCCCAAUUCAACAGUUUUAAGGGUUACAGACAAAAUUGUACACUGGGUAAUAAUCAGCCAGUCUCUGCUCCCCGACUAGUUCAGUUGGGAAAGCGCCAGUCUGCCGAGCAGGAGGUCGUGGGUUCAAACUUCAUCCAGACCAACAACUAGGGUCUUUAAAUUACUGGUAAGAUCAUGCUGGCUUUGGUUUAAGACCUUGUCUCAGUUCAGAUGAUCGCAUCAUUUGGGUGGUGACGUCGGCGUUAAGCCAGGGGCCUUGUCUCCUUGAUCCUUCUUUCCUUAGUGAACCCUCACUACUGGAUAAAAAGAGUAGGGAGGAGUUUCCCAGGUGGUGUGGUAUACCUCUCACUCAUCAUUUAUCAUGGGCUGGGUGGGCAGUAAGCUUAUAAAUGAACUGAUAGCAGCUGCUAGUGGCACCCUUGUAUGCUGAUAUCCAAGCUUACUGUGAGGCCCUGCCAAGGGGAGGUCCCAUGUCGCCCGUCUGAAUUUUAAAACGUCUUGUGACGGUGUUUAUAAAUGCUUGUCGCUUAUUGUCGGUUUUGCCGUCACUGUCACAAUUUGGCCGAGGGAGGUUGUCUCUUGUCAUGAUUUCAUUUUACGCGCUGUCGCUACUUUUUGGGCCAUGUCGCUUGUCGGAAUUUACCCUGGCAGGGCCUCAGUCUGCUGUUAACAAGGUGAUCUAUAAGGUAAAGAGGACACGUAUGUUGUCCUCUCAUCCACAACAUUUCAUUUCAUCUCACUCAUUUCAUUCAAUUAAUCAAACCUCUCCUAGUCAGCAGUCUGUAAUAGUUGUAUUGUACUAUUUCUAAAUAUAUUGACAUAAUUUAGGAUUUUCUUGAUUUUUGAUUUAGGGAAAUUCAUGAAAAAGAAAGAAAGAAAACUAAUAAGUAAUGUCAUAAUAAUAAAACUUAAUGGACAAUCCCUCUGGAACUGUUUCUGUGUUCUUUGCUCCCGGUGUUUCUUCUUAUUUUUAACUCAUUGUAUUUUUCAGCCAUGAUUGUUUACCGAGUCUUCCGGCAUGAAAACAAGUUUGUUGUAAAAUUGGUCCACUUUGGUCUGCAGCUGGUUGCCUUUUGUGUUGCUGUUGUUGGUUUGAAAGCAGCCUUUGAUUAUCACAACAGUAAUAAUAUCAGCAACCUCUACAGUUUGCACAGUUGGUCUGGCUUGAUUACCAUUAUUUUGUUUACCACCCAGGUGAGUUUCAGGAGGGUAAUGAUACACCAUUGGUGCAAUGAACUAGCAUCCCAUUCAGGAGGGGGAAGGGGUGGUAGCAGUACAGUAAAAACCAGUGAGUAAUAACCGUCAAUUUCAGAGCUAGCUUAAACAGGUUCUUACAUAAAUUGUAAGCACAAAUUUAGGGGGGUUCUUAAAUGUCGACUUAUCUCAUUUGUCCAAAUGUACAGAAUUUUUCAUAGGUAAUGGUUUUAGAAAGUAAGAGCCUGUUUCAAAUUUUCAGCUUAACAGGUUCUUGUAUAAAGGGGGCCUGACUGGCAAGUUUUAGCCUAACAGGUUCUUAAAAACCAGGUUCUUGCUCAAGGAUUUUUACAGUAUAAGAAAUAAUAUGUGUAAUAUCUUGUAAUAAUUAUUAUAAUUAUUGGGAAAAUGGUUAUUAAGCGUGCUAAAAUAUGGUUGGCUAUACCAUUUGAAGUUUUGGCAAAACUGUCUUCAUCUGGGAUCACAAGAAGUAGAAUAUAUUAUAAUUUGAAAGGAAAGUUUAUAACUUUAAUUUAUUUAAACGUAAAUUACUGAAACUACGUGUAACAAAGACAAACUGGUAUAUGUCAUAGCUGUGUUUGACUACAUGAACACAUAAAGACAAACUUUUAAUGCCAGUAGUGACGUCAGAUCGACAACAGUUUUCCAUAGUCUCUAAUUUUAUCAACCAUAGAAAUGACAUCAAAAUGUUCAAAACUCAAGUAGAAACAUGAGCUGCGUGUGAGUGGUUUAACUGCAAAGUUUUUUUGACAUUUCAUUUAUUUGUUAGAACAUUAAUUUUUCCAUUGAAGUUUUUCUUUGAAAAUUGCGCAGCAUUAAGGAGAAAAACAAAUUGCGCCACCAUCAGGUCAUUUCUAUGGUCUCUACUCUUGUCAAACUUAGCUUUUGACAAAUCAGUGUGUGAAAACUCACUCAGUUUAUGGUAAAAUGUUAUAUAUUUCCAUUUUACUCUUUACACAGCUUCUUUUUGGUUUUGUGAGUUUUCUGUUUCCUACACUGCCUGAUGAUCCCCGUGCAACAUACCUGUCAGUGCAUGUCUUUUUUGGUAUAUUUAUUUUUGCACUUGCUAUUGGAACCGUUCUCUUGGGAAUCAAUGAAAAACUUUUCUUCACCAAGUAAGUCUCCUUGUUCUUUGUUUUUACCGAACCUCUUGUUUAAUCUACAUAAUUGUACAGGGGCUAAGCUAAAUGUAGCCUGAGAAAACAGCCGUCAUUUGGCGAUGCUACCAUUGGUUUCCCCACCAAAUGACGUCUGAGAACCACGUGCAGAAAUUCCAUACUGAUGAUGCGUCAUUACCCAGAUCUGGUUAGUGCUUCUGAUUGGUCGUGCCGCGUGGGAAAUUUAUUUCAGCCAAUCAGAAGCACUACCCAGAUCUGGGUAGAAACACAUUAUCAGUAUGGAAUUUCUGCGCUCAUUUCUCAGACGUCAUUUGGCGGAGAAAACAGUGAUAGCUUAGGAGACCGUAGGGCUGCUUCUUGCGAAUCAUUUAUGCGUACCUUAAGACCAUCCAACCCUGUGUUUGGCCUUGCUAUGAGUGGAAGGGUAACUACCGUUCACUCGUACUUGUUACGAAGCUGCCGGAACUAUAAUAACAAAAUGUGUAAGACAAAAAGAUUCUCAGAAUUUGUAUCUGUGAAAUAUUUAGAUUUUUUGUCAUAAGAUAAAUGUUUAAUUAUGUGUAAUUUGCGCAUGAUCCUGUUAUCCAGCUCUUCGCUGCAAGGGGUUCUGAAUAAACAACUCUACUCUACUCUAAAUGUCGGCUGUUUUCUCAGGCUACUCAGCUUAAAUGCAGUGCUGGAAAGAACAUAGUUUUAAUAGUGGCCUUACAUUCCACCAGUCUCCUCUGGCUCAGUGGCAGAGCAUCUGGACUAGUAACCGCUAAGGUCAUAUUGCAGGUUCAACUCUUAUUAGGGGUAUACUCAAUUUUUUUUCUUCUGAGCCACCUGUGUUACUGAAUAAGAAAACAUCUUUCUCAAUUUUUUUUCCUACUUGAUAUAAGGACGUGUCCUUCCAAACAUGUUUGUUAUAAGACAUUACAAAUUGGUUGCUCUUUAAUAAACAUAAAUACAUGUAAUUUGCAUAGAAGCAUAAUUAAAAUAAUCAAAAACACAUCAACCAUAUCCAACAUUUGGAGUCAGAUUGUGGAAUCUAAGCUAGAUUUGUAGUCCAACGAGUGCCGGACAUGGAGGUGCCAAAGAAUGUGAUUCAAACUUGUAACCCUAGGACGGUCUUCUACUACUUCUGGCAUUUUCUUCUCCAAGUUUACGCAAUGAUCCAGGAAAUCUCUUCUGUUCACCAACUGUGAACAUACUAAGUUCCUUACAGGCUUUGUACACUAGCACUUGCUCAAUUGAUCAUUUAAUGUACUCUGUAUCAUUUAAUUGUCACGUUUUUUUGCUUGUAUUUUUUGUUUGUUUUCACUUUUUUUGUGUGUACCAGUUGUUAGUUGUUUGCGUAUGUCAGCAUUUAAUUAAUUAGUGCUUUCGAAUAUGUUUAUAGUUUUUUUUUUUUAUUUAGUGUUUAUCUUUAACUUUAUAACAUCAAAAUUACCUGAGUGAGGUUACCUGCCAGGAAACAUUAAAUUAAGUUAUAAGCAUGUGACACCAUUGCUUUUUCUUAGAGUAUAUGCCUCUCUGCCUACUCAAGCUCAGCUGGGGAAUGUACUAGGUCUGACUGUUAUUGUUCUUGCUGGAAUUGUUGUGUUUGUGGUGACGAAUGAUGCAUUCAAAAGGGUCGACACAGAAGAGGGUGAACGAGUAUCCCUGAUCAACAAUGGCAAAGAUUGAAUCAUCAAAAUCAAUUUAAUUGAAUAAGUUGACCAUGUUUACUGAUAAUCUCACUAUUAAGAUUAUCAAUUUUAAAGUAAACGUGCCGUAAAAUUCUGAAAAUAAGCCCUGGUGCUUAUAUUUUUCAAAGGCCCUUUUUGAGGGGCUUAUAUUCUGAGGGUCUUAGCCAUAUAGUUGGAAGUAAAUUUAUUGUUUUUGCUUUGUUUUACUUUGUAUUUGAGGGCAAUUUUCCAAGUACAAGCCCCCGGGGGGCUUAUAUUUGGAGAGGCGAUUUAACGGAGGGUUUUUUGCGUCACCGGUUUGGGGGGCUUAUAUUUGGAGGCGCUUAUACGUGGAGGGGCUUAUUUUCGGAAUUUUACAGUAUUUUCAGAUGAAAAAGGUAUAAUCCAAACAACUUACCUGAGAAGUGGUCUGACUCUAUAUAAUGAUAAAUUAUGUAGUCUAGUUAUGCUGGGGUAGAUUAUUAUACUUUGUUAGUAUUACAUUAUUUUUAGUUUCAUUUAGUACAUAGCAUUAUUAGUUAAUAUCAUGAGAAUCACUAUUAAUAAUUAAUAUAUGGUCAUUCCGCAUUUAUUUUUUGAGGGCAAAAAUUGGCACCUAAAGAACUUGUCAGAGAUAUGAAGUUUCUCUUUCCUGAUAAAUUAUAUUUUUGUCAUAACAUCUUUCAUUAGUGUAAAAGUAGUCAAGUUAUAUUAGUUUGUUCAGGUUAUGGAAAAUAACCGUACAAUAUCUGAGAGCAAGCUCUCCAUUUCUUGUGAGUUUUCAAGAGUGCUGCUCAUGCAUGACUCCUAGAUUGACUUCCCCAAAGAAGAGCCUGCUCACAGACUAACAAUAAAUAUUAAAUUAUGCUGAAACAACUAUUUUACAAAUGAUUGUUGAGUUUCUAAUUCUUAAUUAGUGAAUGUGGCUGAUUAUGAUAUGGAAAAUUAUGCAGAUCAAGGACUGAAGAUGUUAACGAACACCUUCCAAUAUAACUCUUCAUAUCGUGUAAAAGUUGAAUUCAAGAACUAUUUUUAAUUAUUAAUUCAAAAAGGUUUUCAAGCUCAAUUCCUUACAGUCCAGCAAGGUCAAGGGUACCCCCAAGAUUCCAUUUAUGUAUCGAUUCUUUGAAAAAUGAAUCCCUUAGUUGUUGCCGCAACCAGUAUCAAAUAAUAUUCAAUUUACUCUGUAUUCAGUCAGAUUGAAAAAUCUUUGCAUGCUUUGAAGACAUUUAUAUCAAAUUCAAGAAAACAGAGCUGGUAAAAAUUCACGUCUAUCUCACAUGUGGAUUAACUGAUCGAAUGUAGAGAUGAAUCUGAAAUCUAUACCAACGGUUUCAACUUAAAUAAUAAAUUUAUUAAUGGAAUCUUGGGUGGUACACGUGUCAAUUAAGUUUUUCAGAUAUUAAUCGAAAAAUGUCCAAAUGUGGUCAGCGCUAGGUAGUUAUAAAGAAUUAGCAGUUGGAUUCAAUCAGCUAAUUCUUAUUUAAAUGUUGUCACAAUAUUUCUAUUCUCAUCAAAAAUUAUUUGUGACUAUGAUCUUUAAUAGAAAUCUUAAAGUAGCCUGUGUCUCAUAUUCUCUUUGGUUCAUGCAGAUAAGGGUCUGCUUCUUUGAGAAGCAAAGAAAAUUAAUAGGAGAUGUCUGCACACAGGUCUUAACAUAUAAAUUAUGAUGGUGAACGUACAAAAUUCUAUGGUUGGUAACAUGUUUCCUUUAGUUAGGUCAUGAGAUAAAAAUUUUGUUGAAGGACUUCAUUUAAGGAUUACCUACAAGGAUAAUAUUGUAUUUGCAGCUGAAAAACUUUUAGGAGGUUUCUCUCAGUCUCGUAACGUUUUGCUGAUAGUCAAACUGAUAAAACGUUCGAUCUGUUGGACUUUUCUUUGUUUU